CUCUUUUCCCCCCCUGCUGUCACUUCUGCUGUGUUCUCUGUCCUGAUGAACUGAUUUCCACAGCAACAUGCAAAGGAAGAAGAGCUGGAUAUUCUGGUGGCUGAUGUCUUUUGUAUCUUAUGAAAUGCUUUAUGAGAAUUGGGUGUCAGGACAGGGUUCCUGUGAGACUAUAUGCAAUAUAACAUCUAACAUAGGUCGUAAUCAUACAGAGUGUUGUAUGGAUUAUACAGACAAGGUUUUGAGAACUGGAAACCGCACUGACGCUAUGACAGCCAUUAGGACUCUAGAAAGUGUUCUAGAGAGAACAGAGGUGAAUGUGAGCAUGCAAGUGUGUGUCAAAACUUUUGUGGCGCUUCUGCACAAACCCAAUGAUACCUUUGGAGGCCUUAAAAUUUAUGCUGAUGACACACAGGUAACACCAGAUGUGCCUCUUCUCAACAGUAAAGUCCUUGUCCAGCUGCCAAGAGAACUGGAUGCUGGACCGAAUAACAAGAUUGUGUUCUGCAUGUUUAAAUGGCCUAAAAUGAACGAGAGCAUUUUUGAAAGCCCACAUGAAGUAUAUGAUCAAAGACUGGUUGGUCUGAGUGUGCAGAACAAGGAGAUAUCAGGACUGCAGGAGCGCAUCAACAUCACGAUGGAGUUUACCAAGAAAAUCGACGAAACUCAAAAACCCUCGUGUCAUUUCCUUAAUUAUUCAACAUGCAAUUUUAGUGAGGAUGGCUGCCUCACACACUGGACACGUGGUCAGACUAACAUCACCUGUUCCUGUAACCACCUCACAUACUUUGGCGUCCUCAUAAUACCUGAUCCUUCCAUCACAAAGAAAGACCAAGAGAUUUUAACACACAUUACUGUGAUCGGCUGUAGUAUUUCCCUUUUUGCUUUGGUCAUAGCCAUUUUGCUCUUUAUUACAAACAGAAAACUCAGACAAGAUGUCUCUAUGAAGGUCCACAUCAACCUUGUAAUUGCUCUGAUGCUCCUCAACCUGCACUUCCUGCCCAGUCAGGCAGCGGCAGCAGGGUCUUCCUCUGGACUUUGCUUAUACAUGGCUCUUUUACUUCAUUAUUCCCUGCUGGCCACUUUCAGCUGGAUGGCCUUGGAAGGUUUCCACUUAUAUCUUCUCCUGGUCAAAGUCUUCAACAUCUAUGUCAAGAAAUACCUGCUCAAACUCAGCGUGGUGGGAUGGGGCGUCCCUGCAGUGAUUGUGUCAGUGGUGGUGAUCAUAGACAGAAAGUUUUAUGGUCAGGUUGCUCUGGAAACAUCUAACUCUACAAUAUGCUAUAUAACCAAUUCCUACGUGAAAAUAUGGACUACAGUGGUACUGUUCAGCUUGGUGUUCCUUUUUAAUGUAAUCAUGUUUGGGGUGACAAUCAGACGUGUUUUGAUUCUCCACCACACCAGAGAGUUUGGGCAGAAUAACCUUGAGAAAGCAAAGAAAGACAUUUGCUCCCUGGCUGGAGUCAUGACUCUCCUCGGCAUUACCUGGGGCCUGGUCUUUUUCUCAUUUGGCCUCCUGACCACUCCUGUCCUCUACCUCUUCUGCAUCUUGAACUCACUGCAAGGUUUCUUCAUCUUCCUUUGGUUUGUGAUGUCACUGAGAAAGGCUAAAACCUCGGCUACUAAGAUGAGCAGUGAAACACGCAGCACUAAUAGCUAGUAGCAACACCUCCAUAAGAGUCUGUGUGUGUUGGUAUAAUUCAUAUUGUGAUACAGUGUCAACAUGAUCAUUUCUUUUUUAAAUCAUGAUGUUUAUUUAUAGAACAGCACAGCAGAAAAGGCAGCUGAGCAAGUGUGAACAUUAAUGUUAUGUUUGAAGUUUUAUUGAUGAAAUACAUGGAGUAAAACAUUUGUGGUAAGGAAUUAAUCUCUCGUAAGAGCAACUUAGAGGAUGGUUUCCCUAUGCAUUGUAAGCUUUUCCACAUUUGAGCAGUUUUCUGCCUAAAGUCAGUCAUUUACAUACAUGCAUUUAUAGAAUGUUUUAUAAUUAUCUCAGUUAUAAUUUCUUAUUAUUUUAAUGUAUAUUAAACAGCAAAUUUGUAUCUGAACAUAUAUUCUUGCAUACCUUGAGUGCCAGUAUUAAAAGCAUAAUCAUGUUACUGCAUGCUUGUUUAGCCCUUGACAGGAAAACAAUUAUGGUUUACCGAGUUUAUGACUAAAACUGUAGAUAUCAAUCCACGUUAAACCAAUCAGAUCUGAAAAGUUCCAACUUGACUCCUUAAGAAUCAACUGAUAUUUAUUAAUUUGUAGAAUACAAUUCUAACGUAAUGCAAUAUGGUCAGAAAGAUUUUUACGUUCAUCAACUGAUAAAAUUUAGAGUUAAAGCCAUCUAAUGCCAAAAUCUUGUUUUAUUGUCAGUGGCUGGGUCUGUGACCCGGCAUUCUCAGUUUAUGUUUUUAAUUUCUUUUGUUAUAUUUUGAGAUAAUGUUGAGUUCUAGGGUUAUUAUUAGUUUGCCUUGAGUUUUAGUCUAGGUUAUGUUUCACCUAGUUCUUCUUUGUUAGUCAGUCAUGUAUUUCUUGUCUGCGUGUUUCAUAUCGUCAAACCUGUGUUAUCAUGUCUACGUCUCUCCAUGUUUGGUUUUUUAUUUUGACAGUCUUGUGUUUCCAUGUUCAAUGUAUAUGCUUAUUUUUACUUUUGUCCUGUGGUGUCAUUAUGUUCAUUCCAGUCAGCUGCUUCCCCAUAUGUGUAUUUCCACCUCCUCUGAUCACCUCCUGUGUGUAUUUAGUCUGUUUUUUAAUUCAGUCUUUGUCAUGUCGUCUGUGUUCCUUCCUCCCAUGUGACGUCAGGUUAAAGAUUUCAUGAUUCUGUUCAUGUCACUUUUUUAAUAGUUAGUUUUCUCAGUCUAGGUUUCAGUUUAGCUUUUCCCUCGCUUUGCCUUUUUUUGUAUUUCAUGUUUAAUCAGCCAUAAU